AUGAGUUCACAGACCAAUGGUCACACAAAAGGUUUGCACCAGAAUGGGUCUGCAACCAAGUCCGACGUCUGCGUCGUCGGCGCCGGACCAGCCGGCUUAAUGCUCGGAUCUCUCCUGGCAAGAUUCGGUCAGAAAGUCCAAGUCAUUGACGACAGACCGGACCAAACCGCAGUAGGCCGCGCCGAUGGAAUCCAGCCAAAGUCGAUUGAGACGCUGCAGAUGUUGCGCCUCGGCGACGAGCUUCUCCGCACCGGUGUCAAGGUCCACGACAUUUGCAUGUGGCAGAGCUCAAGCGAGGCAGAUCUGCACCGACUGAGCCGCUCGAUCCAUUAUCCUGCUUCUGUCGUAGAUCUCUUGCAGCCCUACAUCUUGCUAUGUCAUCAGGGCAUGAUUGAGGGUGUCUUUGUUGAUGACCUUUGCAAGAGUGGCGUCGAAGUGAAGCGUAGCCACAGCUUCCAGACUUACAGCGCCUUGAACGAUGGCUCUCUGAGCAUCGAAUGCGACCUUCAAGGGGAAGGAAAGACGUCCAUCCACUCGGAGUUCCUGGUAGGAUGUGAUGGUGCGCGGUCUCUCGUUCGAAAGAGCAUUCCCGACACAUUCGCGCAAGGUUCACCGCACGCUUCAGUAUGGGGUGUCCUCGAUGGUGAACUGGAGACAGACUUCCCCGACCUUUGGAGCAAAACGGUAGUCUUUUCUGAGAAAUACGGCUCCAUCCUCAUCAUCCCUCGCGAACGCAACAUGACGCGUUUCUACAUCGAAAUGAAGUCGUCGACAUCUUCAAAAGACCUUGGAGAAGAAUACGUAAUGGAGCAGGCCCGCCUCAUUCUCACACCCUACAGCGUCAAAUGGCGCUCUGUAGAAUGGUUCGGCAACUACCACGUCGCCCAGCGCGUGGCCGCUCGCUUCUCCGACCCGGCCCAGCGCGCCUUCGUCGCCGGCGACGCCAGCCACACGCACAGUCCCAAGGCAGCGCAGGGCAUGAACACGAGCAUCCACGACACCUGGAACCUCGGGUGGAAGCUCAACCUCGCCCUGCGCGGGCUAUCCAAGGGCGACGUGUUGCUUGCGACGUACGAGCAGGAACGCAAGAAGAUUGCGCACGAUCUCAUCAACUUUGACUUCGAGCACGCCAACGAGAUUGCUCGCGGAGACGCGAAGCGGCUGGCGGAGAACUUCAAGCUGAAUACUCGCUUCAUUUCGGGAGUCGGGGUCGAGUACGGCGAGAACGAGCUCAACCGGGGUCGGGCUGACGGCGUCAAGGGCGCCGCAAAACCGGGAUGCAACCUCCCGCCUGCAAAGGCUACUCGGUAUAUCGAUGCUUGCCCUAUCGACGUUCAGCUUGACAUUCCGGUCUUGGGCCAGUUCCGCAUCUACGCAGUCUUGAACGACGUCUCUAGUGCUGCGGGUGUCUCUUUCCUGCAAGACUUCAGCACUGGCGUAGCAUCUGCAUCUUCAUUGGUGUCGAGAUUAUCCGCUGCAGCGGCGCAGUCGUACAAGGUGAAGCCACGCGCCAGCCGAGCGGACGAUAUUCAUGUGCGCCCUGAGAGGUACACAUCCGUCAGUCAAUUGUGCAUAUUUGCGCUCAUCACAUCUACCGACAAAAACGACUUUGAAAUCUCUUCGCUUCCUCCCGUGUUCUCACAAAGUGCCUGGACAAUCUAUCUCGACGAUGUAGCACCUCUGGAUACACAAGGACGCUCCUGUACAGACAAGUGGCUUGGGGGUCUCGGAAAGGACGAAGCUUCCCUCAUCGUCGUCCGACCGGACGGCUACGUGGGUACCAUCGGCCGCUGGCAAGCGACCGAAAGCGGCACCGGUGGGAUGGCGGCGCAAUGGCUGGACGACUACUUUGGCGGUUUCUUGCAAGCGCCGGACACGUAUUAA